CUGCACGGUUAACGACGUCAUUAGUGAUUCGUGGCCUAAAACCGGAUUUUAAUUUAAUUCACACGAAUCAACAAAUCUCGAUGGAUAAAUACCUUUAAUUUCAUAUAAUUUUAGACCAUUCAUAAGUUAUACCAAAUAACAAAUACACUCAACGUUUGGAAGGAAUAAUUGUUUUACACUCGAAAAACCACAUAGAAGGAUGCAGAAAGGAAUUUAAGGUGAUAUUAAUUGAAGAAAACGGAAGAUAAAAUCUACUAACGAAACAGUAUAUCGAAUUUAUUGUCAAAGAAUACAGUAAAAAUAGAGUGAUUAUUCAACGAGGUCAGUGCACUGUAUCAUUCGCAUUUUUAUUUUUCUACUAUUAACACUCCCGUAACAGUCGUUGCAUCGGAAGCGCGUUCAUCAUUAAAAAAAAAGUGAGAGCAUUUAUCUGCCAAGCGUGUCACACGAAGAGACCACUUACUCGUCAGCAUUACAAACUCCUUGGUGGCCUAGUUAAGUGCAUCGAACUUAUCCCACAAAAACGAACAUAUCAACCACACAGACAACCUCUGCAAUUUGAAACCAAAAAAAAACAUUGAAAAAUUUAAUCUGUGAAAGUUCAAGAAAACAUUCCAUCUCUCGAACAUUUCUGUUGUGUGACACAUAAUUCUUCCUCGCCAUUUACUUAUUUUGAAAGGAAGAGAAGGGCGGUUCCAUUUUUUAGUGGAAUUUGAGGAGUAGCGUUCAACAUUUCCUCGAUUAUGCGAAAAAUGACAGAGGUAUUGAAGAGUCGUGCGAUCAGCUGACUGAGAGAGUUGGUUCGUAGACGUGACGGAGUUUAUGACGCUAAUCGUAGGGAGGAGAGUCCGAUUGGAAAUAAGCAUCAUCGGUGCUCCGUCAUGACAUUCAGCACAUCUUUUCGCAGUGAUAAAACUGGAUUCCCUAAUCAGAACAUGCACCGGCCGAGUACAGUAUCGGGUGAGGAAGAAAUGUUGAGUGGGGGUCUGGCAUCUAAAUUGAAAUGUCCCACCCCCAUAUCACGUCUGAGGGUGGAGAAAAUAGAGGGUGGUCUGAUGGUAGCUGGAGUCGUCAUCGCUGCAAAUUGUCAAAUCGCCCUUCCGGCAUUUGGAUUUCUUUUCAUGUUUGCUGGAGCAGUUCUCACUGCUGCCUCCUAUCGAGGACCUGGAGAAGAUGAGGACAAAGACUCUUAUGCUGCAAGGAUCGCCUUCACUGGAAAUUCUCGAAUUUUGGGGCCGAUCUGCAUCGCCAUCGGGCUAUUGAUGCUUGGCCUCGGUGUGCUGCUCUGCAUGUUAACGAGGCGUGCAAGAAGGAGAGAAAGAAGAGUGGGCUUCCAUUGUCCUCUGCAUGGUGAUUUCUAUCCGUUGAGGCCGAUCCAAGGGAUUAGCAAGCUUGGUGUUUCCCAAAAAGAAGCGGGUCGUUGGGCGAAGAUUUCCUGCUUUAAAAACCGUUCUAGUGGAAGAUCUGGUACUACUGGAUUUAUCGGCUCCCACGUCGGUCCACCCCAGUGUCCUCACUCGAUCUUGAGUAGUACGCGGAGUUCUCUCAGCAGUUCACCUCUCAGUCCGUGUCCAACGCCAAUGCCAUUCCUUGUUACUUCCAAUUCAGUCAGUAGUGGCAUGGUACAGAGUGUGGGAGCGAAUAUGUCACCGGAUCAGACCUUUGGAUCGAUCCGAUCCCUCUCGGUGACCCGAGAGGUUGCUAGCUUCCCCCUCUCAAGAACACCCACGCCACCGCCUCAACACAGGCCUCCAGUGACUCUGAUAACCACCUCCGACGAUACAAAGAAUUCUCCACAUCACGAGUCAUCACCCCGACCAGAAGUGCGCGUUAUAGCCCCAUCCCAUCGUCCAUCCUCCACCUUAACAACGAGUGCAUCCGGCGGAAGUCAAUCAUCUCGCAAAUCCGUUAGCAUUCUCUUGCCAGAUGAGUCAGCAGGAUGACGCCAACAUGGCUUCAUCCAUCGAUGUGAUGAUAUGCCUCUGUCAAUGUAAACAAUAUCACACCAAGAACAAAAAUUUAUGCCCUCAACAUGAAAAAUCGUGUCUGACUCACUCCCAACAUUUCUCCUUGCAAAAUUGAUCGAAAAAUAAUUCUCAACAUCUUCCAUUUGGAGUAAACACAAAAGAAUAAAAAACCUUGAAACUAUGAUUUCUGUGAGGAGAGUACACAAAGAAACCAACACACAAGGAAACCCUUUAGUUCUGAUACCGAGGAAAGAAAUAUAUUUCACUUUUCGAAUUGGGUAAAAUAAAGGAACAAAACUAUACUCCCGUAGAUUGACAAUAAUCGAACGUUGGUAUUUCCAACUUUGGAUCGAAUGACACACAUUUCAUUCCUUGUUUGUCUUUUCGAUCAAUGGUCAAGAAAUAACAUUGGUCAACGAUUCGUGACAAUAUUUCUCUCUUCGCUUUGUUCCUUUAUUUACUUAUCGAAUAACUGAUAAUAUUUGAAUUUCGCAUAUUUUUCGCAUACCGAGAUAAUUCCUCAAUUUCAUUAAUUUUUUUGGUAUUUAAACAAGAAAAAGACACCGAAGAUACAUUCCAUGUUAUCACAUGACAAUCAGAGGCAUUAGGAGAAAAUGAAUCGUGCGGAUAAAAAGAGCUUCCUUAGAGUUUUCAAUUUACAUUUACUUGUAUUAUGAACAAAUGGGAUUGAAAGUCAAGUGCAAUAAAUUCUGCAUGAAUUAUUACACAAGGAAGACGAGUGGAGGACAUUUGUUCGUCGCAGUAAAAUUUUAAUGGACUGAUAGUUAGAAAAUGGGACAGCAAAUUUCCUAAGUAGAAAAAUUUUGUAGCCAAAAGUUUCUCACAGAUUAUCUUGCAGAUAUCCCUGAGAAGAGUACGUUCAUCAAUUAAUGGCGGAAGGUUCUUUUUGUAGUUCAUAAAAUUGUCUAUGAAAAAAGUCUUCUGACAAUUCUCUAUGAAACCCCUUUUCAGAUAUGUUUGCAGCAUAAAUUGCAUUUCACUAUUGAAUUGAAAUCCAAUUGUCAGACAUUCAGUGUUUGAUUAACCGAAAUUUACAAUUUAUUUAUAAUUAUGAAAAAAUACUCCAUAUUCUGUAUUAUGCUCAUUUUCUCUGCCCCAUGAAUGAUGGAUUUUUUCAUUUAUAUUCCUUUUAAAUGCAUUUAAUCAAUUUAUUUGAACACUGUUUUAGAAAAUUCAUUGGAUUAUUGUUGUCUCUUUCAUGAAUCAUUUAUUAAUAAUUGGGGCAGAUGAAAUUAUUAAUUAAGAAUCUAGUCUUGUAUAUAAAUGAUAUAGAAAAUAUAAGGGACAAUGUGGGUGCAGGAUAACGUUGAAGGUUCUCAUGAGGUGAAGAAUGCACGCUGGGGAGAAGUAUCGAUACUAUCUAAUGCGGAAAUAAACACCUUUAUUGCACCGUUAAUCAUGUUAUAAGAACUCUCCAGCACUCGCGAAAUAUAAAUUUGAUACUUCUCUUCGGUUUUAAAAUAGCGAGAUGAUUGAAAUUCUGAAAUAAGAGAUGAAAUAUGACAAGAAUAAGGAUAACAAUUCCGAAAUUUGUGGGACAAUAUCUAUGUUUCGAUAAAAAAAAGUUUAAUAUACCUAAAUUCCGUAGCUCAAUCAAUGGAUAAGUUCAAUCGAAUUUAUCGGAAGAAAAAAAACUAUAAGAAUUACGAUUGAAAAAAAUCUCUAUAAUGAGAAAACGAAAAUUAAUCAUGUAUUUUCUAUUUAAAACCUACAAUUGUGGAACCGAAAUCUCAGUGUUCUUACCAAGUAAUGAAGUGCUGCAAAUUGUGUGCCAAAUUUAGGGGGAAUGGAGUGGAUUAUAAGCAAAAAUUGAGAACUAUAGAAUUGAUGGUAAUUAUGUCAAGGGCACUAAACAAAUAAAUACAGUCAUUCUGAUCACCAUUUUAUGCGAUGAGUCUAGCAUAUUGGAGAAAUCCAAUAAAACAAGGGUAUUUCAAUUUAUUCCCACAAGGAGAAACUCUUCAACUUGUUUUCAUUGAAAAUAACAACGAGUGAUCGUACUGAGAGCUUAUCGAUCCUUACACCGGUGGUAUUAAGCCUCUCUCAUUUUUCUUCAUCAUUCAAUUGAAAGGAAUGAAGAACUCCACAAAUAUUUUUUAUCACGAACUAAAAAAUAUUAAGUUCUUCGACUUUUUAUCGAUUUAUUUUGAAUAAGUUUGUGAUAGUACGUUUAGUAAGUUUUUAACAGUAAGAUAUUAAAUAAGUGUUGAGUUAUGUUUCAUACAAGAUCAUCUUUAUGGAGAGUAAUGGAUAAUAAAAGAACAAGAGAAAGAA